GAGAGAGAGAGGGAGAGAAUGUGACCAGGCUUUUUGACGUCACUGAAGGAGCGCUAUUGUUCCGUACGAGGAUUUAAAGAAGAAGACGACUAAGUGCCAGCAGCCAGUCUAUUGUCGAUUGUUAUCAUCGCGUAGGAAAUUACAUCAGUUAUCAUGCAGAAACACCAGGGAAAGUGAAGAAUCCGUGUAAUUUUGGCAGAUUUUGAUACAAUGCUCAAUUUUGCUGGUUUUCAAGAUGCCUUGAGCGUAGCAUUAGUGAUUAUAAUUGUUUCAUUUAUCAUUGCUGUGGCAUGGUUGUCAACAAAUGUGAGAGAACAACCACUUAUUGCAACAGCUGUUGUGGUAUUUCAGAGUGGUGUCAAUAGCGAUGUAGACCAAAACUCAUCUGUUUCAGGUGCAAAUCGACUAAACAACCAAAGUGGUGGGAAUGGGGAAGGGGAGGGAGAAUCUGAGAGGCCUGUUCCACUAGUUAAAGAAAAUGAAGGUGGUGUUUUGGAAAUGAGAUCAGAGACAGGCAAAGUAUGUACAGAAUGCAAAAGUGAUGACAUAGUGAAUGUAGAGUCCAAGCUCUCCAAGCAUAGUGGUGAAAUGGUGCCAGGGGAAGAAAGUAAGGAAGGGGCUGAGGCCUCCCAUUUAGAUAGGGAUUUAGAGGAAUCACAUGGUCAAGAUUCCCCAGCAAAUGAAAGUAGCUAUGCGCGAGGCAUAGGAGAGGUUCCAAAUCCGUCCUGCACGACAUCAUCGUCAUCAAAGAAGCCACAUGAUGAUCCUUCCCAAGAAAUGGAAAUUAGAAAUCGUAGACUUAAGCAUUUUGUGACAAUGGGAGGAAGUCAUGUACCUGAAACUCAACAUGAAACUUGUGCCUCACAAGGAAAUCUGGGUGAGAAAGUUUCUUCAGAUAAGGGUAGCGAAAAGGUUUUCCAGGACUCUGAUGCUUCUUUGAGAGAUUCAGAAUCAACUUCAUUGCCCUCAGAUGGUGGUGGAGAUGAAAGACCACCAGGGAGUAUCAGAAUUCGGUUGAAAUUUUUAGAUGAAACUCAGAAAUUUGUUUUUGCUCAGCUAACAGAACAGGUUGGAAGUUUUAAAAGGCAACACUUUUCUAUAGAAAUGGAUGCCAACCGUCGCAUUCGACUCAUAUUUAAUGGGCAGUUGCUUAGUCAGGAUUCUUCAACUUUAGCUCAGUAUGGAUUGUUUGACAAUUGUGUUGUUCACUGUCAUGUAUCACAGCCCCAGCAAAUGGGCCAGAACAGUAGCCAGACUAGGAAUGUGACUGCACAUGAAGAUGAAGAUGCUUAUGUUACCAGUUUACUUGCCCCUCUUCUUUAUUGCGUGAUGGUCGUAAUGUGGUAUCUUCGUUAUGAGUAUAGCCAUCUUUUCAAUACUAUGUCCACUGUCAUCCUUCUCUUCUUGACAGCACUCCUUCUCAUUUCCACUUACCUUCUUUACAUCACUCAAAAUGUGCCUGGAAGUGAUAGCGCAGCACAAAUCUCAUCACAUCAUCAACUUGAAACAGACAGCUUAUUAUAGUAGAAACUGGGGAUGUUGAGAUCUCUUAUUUUGUUUUUUUUUUGAAUUUUUUUAUAUUUAAAUUUUAGUAAUGGGUUGUGAAAAAGAGCUGGUUGAGUUUUGGCCGAAAGAGUUGAGUUUGGGGAUACUUUUGAGAAUGCAUUAUACUGAAAGUAUAAAGAAAUUUGAAAAGUGAAAAAUGUGCC